GGGGACUGCCCUCAGCAUGGAAGAUGAAGGUAGUUGCUGUCCAAGCCAGCAAGGAUGUAAAGACUUAUCCCACUGAUAAGCUCAUUUCAGAUCUCAAAGCUCAUGAGUUUGAAAUGAUUGAAGAGAAGGAAGAUGUACCAGAAGAGAGGACCACUACAGCCCUCACUGCCAGCUAAUCUAAGGUAAAUGAUUUUGACCCUUCAGUACUUUUAUCUGAUGAAUAUAUGACUGCCUUUGCCAGGAGAUUCAAAAAGUUUAUGAAGAAUCCCAAAGAUGGAAGGAGUCCAUCUUUCAACAGAAAGCCAUACCAGAAGGUCAAAUCAACAGAAAGCAGUGGAGAGCUUCUCUGUUACAACUGCAGACAACCUGGUCACUUCAAGGCUGAUUGUCCCCAUCCUAGAGUGUCCAAGAAGCAAUGACAGAAUGGAGAAAAGAAGAAGUACGAGGACAACUCUAGAAGAAGAAAGGCACUUGUGACAGAACAGAUGGAGAAAGACCCUCUGUCAGAAACAGAAUCCAGUUCUGACUCAGAUUCUGAUGAGGCCUUCUGUUGCCUUGAUACUGAGACAGAAGACCUUUGCCUCAUGGCUCAUUCUGAUGAUGAGGUAACCUCUACUUCUGAAUCUAGUUUUUCUUCGGUAGGCUUAGCUUUUGAUUCUGAUUCAAUGUCAGAAUUUUGGGAAGAGUUUAAGGCCAUACAAGCCACUUAUUCUUCUGUAACAGAAGAAAACAGUAAGUUGAAAGCUGAAAUUCUUGACUUAAAGAAGGAGGUUGAGAUCAAAAUCAAUCUUCUAAUUGAGGAAAGAGAUCAACUGGAGACUGAAAAUGUUUCUGUUCUUAAGAGAAUAAGAAAAAUAGAGCCUCUCAAGAUUAAGUACAAAGCUUACCAGAAGGCCCAGUCUUCCAUGGAAAAGAUUGUGCUUGAUCAACAGAUUGGCACUGGUUUUGGUCUUGGUUAUGGCUCAACAGAAUCAGGUGAGCCUUCUGUAAUGCCUAGCACCAUAGUUGCUAAGGCAGAUAAGGUCAUAGGGCCACUGAUUUCUAGCCCCAUCUGUCAAGCUGGUGUAUCUGGCACCAAGGUUGUUCAUGAGGAAGUCAGACCAGAAAAAGGCAAGAUAAAGGUUCAACAGAAACCCUUUUUGAAAAAUAAUGAACCUGGCAGAAAACCUAACAACAGAAGAGGUUUUCAAAAUAAUAAAAAUAAAAGACCAUUCAUUGACAGACAACCUCAUGUCAAUCGUGCCAGAAAUGAUCACCAGAAGGGCAAAUAUCAAGAGAGAGUUAACUUCAGGCAGAAGAGGUUAGCUGGUCAACUUCAGAAGCCCAAGGUUAACCGUCCCUCUGCUCUUGAUAGUAUAUGGGACUUCUUUCCAACUAAAAAAGCUAUGCAAAAGUAUGUAAACAGGAAGCAUGACCCUCACAAGCAUCUGCCCAAAGUGAAUCACACUUCAGUUUACUAUAACUACCAGGUGGACAAUGGGUACCACCCACCAAGGUUUCACUUGAUGAGACCAAAAUGUUACCAACUUCCCAGACUCCAUGACCCCCCAAGACCCAGCAUUGCUUGGGUACCUAAAUCUUUCUUUUGAUCUUGCAGGAACUGUGUGCUGGAGCCAUCUCUGAACAAGAAUGGUUUAUUGAUAGUGGAUGCUCCAGGCACAUGACAGGUGACAGAAGUUGCCUAACAGAGUUCCAGAAAUGCAAAGGACCUAGAGUUACCUUUGGAGGUAAUGACAAAGAAGGUCAAACAAAAGGAAGAGGAAAGCUGAUCAAGAACUAGAUAAUCAUUGAUGAUGUCUCAUAUGUCAAAGGACUGAAGUUCAACUUGCUAAGUGCUAGCCAAUUCUGUGACAAAGGCUACACUGUUGAAUUCACAAAGGACUUCUGCUAUGUGAAGCAUGAGACAACAAAGGAAGUGGUUCUUACAGCAUCAAGGAAGAAGAACAUCUAUGUAGUUGAUUGGAACACUGCAAAAGAUGGAGUUUGCCUGAUAGCCAAGGGAGAUUCAAAACUGAGCUGGGACUGGCACAAAAAGCUCAACCAUUUGAAUUUCAAAACAAUCAACAAACUAGCCAGAGAACACAUUGUAGAAGGGCUACCAGACAUUGUGUACAAGAAGGAGACCCUCUGCAGUGCAUGUCAGAAAGGCAAACAAGUGAAGAAUUCCUUCAAACCCAUUGCUGGAGAUCUUUCUACAAGUCCUCUAAAUCUGAUUCACAUGGAUUUAUUUGGACCUGUUGAGACUCCAAGCGUUGGUGGCAAGAAAUACACCCUAGUCAUGGUUGAUGACUACUCCAGAUACACAUGGACUGUUUUUCUAUCAAAGAAAAAUGAAACUCUUCAGAAGUUGCCAUCUCUGUUAAAGCAACUUCAGACUGAGAAGAACUUGAAAGUGAAGACAAUCAGAUCAGACAGAGGAACUAAAUUUGUCAACCAAGUCAUAAAGGACUUCUGUGAUCAGAAUGGAACUUUUCAUCAACUUUUUGCCGCCAGAACCCCUCAACAGAAUGGCGUAGCAGAAAGAAGGAACAGAACUUUAAAAGAAGCUGCAAGAACAAUGAUUGCAGAAUCUGGAUUGCCUAUGAGAUAUUGGGCUGAAGCAAUCAACAUUGCAUGCUAUACUCAGAACAGAAGCAUGAUCAACAAGAAUCACCAGAAGACCCCUUAUGAACUCUGGAAGGGAAGAAAACCUAACAUCAGCUACUUUCAUGUAUUUGGAUGCAAGUGCUACAUUCUCAACAAUGGAAAGGAGCAUCUGAAAGUAUUUCAAGAAAAGGCUGAUGAAGGAGUCUUUAUAGGCUAUUCAAACACCAGUAAAGCCUAUAGAGUACUCAACAGAAGGACCCUACAUGUUGAAGAAUCCAUACAUGUGAAGUUUGAUGAAAGUAUCUCUGUUAAAGAGGUAACAGAGAUUUUCAAGGAAGUCAGCAUAGAAGACAGAACACCAGAACCAACAGAAGAGGUGGCAGACAACCCUGCAUUUCAUACACCCGCACCAAACCCCCUUCUGUUGAAUGAAGAUGAAGACUCUGAAGAUGAGGAACCAGAGAGACCAAGACAGCAACUGACAGAACCAGACCUAACAUGGUUAAGAGAUCAUCCUCCUAACCAAGUGAUUGGUCAAAUCAGAAGUGGAGUUCAAACCAGAUCCACAUCAAGGAGAGAAGCAAUGCUUGCCUGCUAUAUAUCGCAGAUGGAACCUAUGACAGUUGAAGAAGCUCUUGCAGACUCAGAUUGGAUCAAUGCUAUGCAAGAAGAGCUCACCCAGUUUGAAAGGAACAAAGUAUGGGAACUUGUUCCUAGGCCAAAGCACCAGAAUGUCAUUGGAACCAAAUGGGUAUUCAAGAACAAAGCAGAUGAAGAUGGCAACAUUGUAAGGAACAAAGCAAGGCUAGUAGCUAAAGGAUAUUGUCAAGAAGAAGGAAUAGAUUUUGAUGAGACCUUUGCACCAGUUGCCAGACUUGAAGCCAUCAAAAUCUUUCUAGCCUAUGCUGCCUACAACAACAUCAAGGUCUACCAGAUGGAUGUCAAGAGUGCAUUUCUGAAUGGAGAUCUUGAAGAAGAAGUUUAUGUGGAACAACCACCAGGUUUUGUCAUUCCUACUCAAUCUUCCUGUGUCUACAAGCUUAAAAAGACCCUCUAUGGUCUUAAGCAAGCUCCCAGAGCCUGGUAUGACACAUUGUCCCUUUUUCUAGUGAACCAUGGGUUUACUAAAGGAAAGGUUGACAAAACUCUAUUUCAAAUCUAUGUUGCUAAUCAUAUUCUGUUAGUACAAAUAUAUGUUGAUGACAUUAUAUUUGGUAGUACUAAUCCAGAACUGUGCGAGAAAUUUUCUCAAGUGAUGCAGAGUCAAUUUGAAAUGAGUAUGAUGGGAGAACUCAGUUACUUCCUAGGACUUCAAGUCAAACAAGUUCCAGAAGGGAUCUUUAUCAAUCAAGGGAAGUACACCAGAGAUCUAAUCAAGAAGUUUGGAGUGGAAGACAAAUCAUCAGUGAAGAUUCUCAUGAACACUUCACAAGGAAUUGGUCCAGAUGAUGAAGGAAAGGAUGUAGAUGCAACAACAUAUAGAGGAAUCAUAGGAUCUCUGUUGUAUCUAACUGCAAGCAGACCAGACAUCUCAUUCUCUGUUGGAAUCUGUGACAGAUACCAAUCAAAGCCCAAGGAAAGCCAUCUAAGUGCUGCAAAGAGAAUCAUCAGAUACAUCAAAGGAAAUCCAAAUGCAGGCCUAUGGUAUCCAAAGGGAGGUAACUUUGAAUUAAUUGGUUAUUCUGACUCAGAUUUUGCAGGUUGCAGACUAGACAGAAAGAGCACCUCUGGUCACUGCCAACUGCUAGGAGGAAGGCUUGUUUCCUGGUUUAGCAAGAAGCAGAAUUCUAUCUCAACAAGUACAGCUGAGGCAGAGUACAUUGCAGCUGGGAGUGGCUGUGCUCAGCUACUCUGGAUGAAGCAACAACUGAAGGACUAUGGAGUUCAAGCACAGGAGAUCAAGCUGUUGUGUGACAACACCAGUGCUAUUGCUAUCACUCAGAAUCCAGUUCUUCAUUCCAGGACAAAGCAUAUUGAGAUCAGACAUCACUUCAUCAGAGAUCAUGUUGAGAAGAAGCACAUCUGCAUGGAACAUGUGCCAACAGAAGAUCAGCUUGCAGAUAUCCUGACAAAGCCUCUCCCUGAGGCUAGGUUCAACAAACUGAGAGAGGAAUUGGGAAUGAUGGAUGAGAUUCCAAGGGAAAGUUGAAAAGAAAGGCCCUCUGUUGCUCUUUUGCUGUUGACAGAAUACCUGUAGCAAAACCCCUUCUGUCAACCCCUUCUGAUCCCUACCCUGGCAGAACACCUCAGCAACAGAAAACCCCCCUUCUACAGAAAAACCCUCAGAAGGUUGUGGACUUGGAAAAUUUUCUGAAACCGGGUAUCCUAGUAAAUUAUUAAAGGUCUUUUACCCUUUUACCCUUAAAACGGUAUCAAGCCGUAUAAUAUUUACUGCGCCCCCGUUUAUUUACUCCGCCCCUUUUUACAUUUAUUGGUUUCUUGGAACCAUAAAUUAAUUCCAAACGUCCACUAACCCAAACACAUAAAUUCCCCUUUCGCAAACCUAAACCGCUACUGCUCUCAUUACUUUCAAACUUUCAAACCUCCAUAGCUCUCAAGCUCUCUGAUUACUCUCUGAUCAAAUGGCCUUCAUCAACAUCAACGACCUCACCAAGGAGGAAAUCAACACUCUUGUUUCAAACAUCUACACAGGGAUGAACUGCGACCUCUCCGCACUCCCUGAACUCGCUUCAAACCACGAAACGAUGAUGAAGAUCAUCAAGGGAAUGGAGGACUCCCAACUGAACAAAGUGGUAGAUUAUCACUUUGAAUCCUACAGUACAAGGGACGUAGCAGAGUUCUAUCUCAACGCUACAUACGAAGGGGAGACCAUCCGGUCUAAUGUCAAUGGUGAAGACAUUACCCUCACCCCUGCAGACCUCAACGCCCUCUUUGGCGUAGUAGAGGACCCUCAAGAAGAAGAAACUGAAGGUUUCCUAACUCUGGACAGUGUCAACGUCACUGUGGACAACUUUGUCCAACUCUACUGCCGACCUGAAGUGGGUAGAGUUCCAAAGCUUUACAUGAAGAAAAACCUCCUUCUGAGCGACUAUGAGAAAUUGGUCAACAUCCUGCAUAGGUGUGUCUGGAGCAAGAGCACCUCCACAGAUGACAUGAAUGCACUGAAUGCAAAGGCUGUCUUUGCAGUUCAUCAUGGGAUGAACAUCAACUGAGGACAGGUAAUUGUCAAAUCCCUUGUUGAAUUCAUCAAGAAGAAAGACAAGGAGACCGGUCUGUUCAGGACCCCCAUGGGUUAUGGUCUCCUAAUCUCUGAAACCUUGCUCAAGGCAAGGAUAGGACUGAGAAACUCUAUUGAGGCAGACUACACCAAGCUGCUCUUCCUCAACACUUCAAGUGACAGGAAAGUUGCUCUCAAGGCAGAGCAGAAAAGACUCAGAACCCUUGAGUUCAACAGAGAAAGGCAACAACAGAAGGUUGUUCAACCAAAGAAAGCUUCAAAGAAGCAACAGAAACCUCCUACCCCUUCUGACUCUGAAGAAGAAAUACCUUUGGUGAAGAAGGUGGUCAAGAAGGUUCCCAAGAAAAAGACCACACCUGUCAAAGUCCACAAGAUGGUGGCAAAGAAAUUUGUCCUUAAGAGAAAGGCUCCUUCACCUAUCUCUUCAGAAAGCACCCCUUCUGCCUCCCCCAUUGCAAAGAAGACCAAAAUUUUGACACCUGCAGCACAGGAGAAGCUGGAGGACUCUGUCACCUCUGCCCCAGCCAACAGAAAUGCUUGGCACGGCAAGAGGAUCAUCUUUGAGUCAAGUGACUCAGAAGAAGAAGAAGUGGUGCAGAAUGCCACUACUCAGGGGGGACCACAUUCUUCUCCUCCUACCUCUGCAAAUGAUCAACCUAUGGUGGUUCCUUCACCAGACACCAAGAAGUAAGCAACACUUCAAGCCCUGAUAGAAAAUUCAUCAGGGUUCUGGCAUGGAGAAAGUGGAGAGUGGGACCUCUCACUGAACUCCUCAAGAACUUGUCCUACUUCAUCUCUGAAGAAGAAGAAGUACUCAGAUGGGCUGACACAGAAGAUGUGGAGUCCUGCCUAAACAAGGAUUUUCUUCUUUCUGUCCUACAGAAGAAGAAGAAGGAGAAAAUUCAAGGGAAAGCACCUCUGGUCAGAAACUCACCAGAAGACCAUGUGAAGGCUCUUCAAGAGCAUGAGAUGCAUGACUUUGAUGCUUGGCUAGUUGAGAAAAAGAGGAAGGAGUCAAUGAUCAAAUUUCGCCACAGUGCACAUGGAGAAGGUGAACCCUCUACUGCCAAUGAUCUACCUCUGGUCAUGGAAAGACUUGUCAAGGAAUGGAGAGACUCUCUGUUCACAAAAACAAUACUAGAGGUAAUUCCCCCAAUCAUUCCUUCUCCCCCUCCCUCUCCUAAAAACACCUCUCCUCAACCCCAACAGAAAUCCUCCUCACCCCCACAGAAAACCAUCUCUGCACAGAAAACCCCUUCACACCAGAAACCCUCCACCCCCAAAUCUUCAUCUCCUUCACCCUGCAAACCGUUCUCUCCUCCAAAGAACAAAUCACCAUCCCCUCCAGGACAAAUUAUCCCAUACCAACACCAACAGGUCAUCUCCUCUACAACUUCACCCCAACAGAAAACCUCCUCACCCAAUACCAAAAAUCCAUCUCCCUGCAAAUCCCAACCCUCAAUCAGAUCCAGAUCACCAUCACCUCCACCCUCUCCUCCACAACAACAGAAUGCUCCCUCACAUCAACAAGAAAACCCCUCCAUCAAGGAAUCCAGAACUGCUUCUCCAAAGCCUGCACCACAAGAUGCAGCCACACCUAUCUCCCCUCAACACUCUGUGGCUUCUACCCCCAUCAAGAAACCUAUCUUCAGGGUGCCCUCCUCUUCCAGUGACAAUGAUGGAUUUCUUACAUCCUCCAUUGCUGCUGAUGAAACUUCCAAAAGGAGGAAGACCCCUCCUCAGAAUGAAGAACUACCCAGAAGGCCUCCUAUGCCUAAAUCAAGAGGUCUAGGUAUGCCUGGGAACACAGAAUCCAAAGAAGAUAAGCCCCAAAUCUCCUUCAAUCAGUUUGUCACUGCAGCUGAAGACUUUGGUGGUAAAAUGCUUGAUGGAAUGGAUCAAUUGGCUUAGAUCAACACCAAGCACCAUGAACAUCUCACCUUUGUUCACAAUCAUCUUGAGGCUGGACUUCAGCAUAUCUCAGAGAAGGUUGAAGCUAUGACCCAGACACUGGUCACCUUCAUGGAAUCAUCAUCUGCAAAGCUUAAUGCUGUUGCCAGAGAAGUGGACGGUGUCCACUCUGUUCUCUACUCCCAGUCUCAGAUUCUCAAUAAGCAGAAUAAGCAACUCAAGGAUAUAACAGAAUCCCUUGACAUUGUACAAUGGUAUGAAGACCAAUCUGCUGAGAAGUUUAUGCAGCUACAACUCUUGAAUAAUGAUCACAAAGAUCAAGUGGCCACCCUGAUCAAGAAGGAUCAAGAAAGAUAUCAGAAGCUGAUACUACUUGAAGCUGGCUCUCAGGACAUCAAGUCUGCUCUUGAUCGUCAACAGAACUUAAUAGAAGGUCUGACCUCUGUCACGCAGACCUUGCCAGAAACUCUUGAGCAGAUAGCCAUCUCCCAGGCAACAGAGUUCCAGAAAAUUGCCAUGAUGAUCUCUGACCUGGAUGAUGCCAAAAAGGGGGAAAAGGAAAAGGACCCCCAACAGAAGAAAUUGCUCCCUAGGCCAACUGCUGAGCCCUCAUCUGAUAUUGAUCCAACCCCUUACUUCCAGGCCUCCCAUCAGAAGAAGAGAGAAGCUGGUACUUCAAGACCUUCUUCUCCUCGCAGAGGUUCUACCAAGAAGAAGAAACCUUUGAGCCUCACUGAGUGGAGACUUGGAGGCUCCCAGAAGAUUGAUAGAGCACAGUUCGAAGAAAUUCAACAGAAGAUGACCCCAACUCAAAGACAGAAUCUCUAUCUUGACAGAGAUGGUCAUAUAAGGGUCAGACAUGGUGGUUCCUUGGAAGAGGCUGAAUAUUGGUUCCACAAGAGAGUACUCCCAGGCAAGGAUGAACAUGAAGGAGUACUUCACUAUCUGAAUUGCAAGCUCUCUCCCAUUUGGGCUUCAUGUCAAGCACCAGGAAAUCUGGCUGGCAUAAGAGAAGAAGUGAAUGCUGAACUGAAGAAUCUGAAGGAACAAGAUCGCAGAACCAGAGCUGAAGCUGAAAGGGAAAAUCUGAAAUGAAGUGAAGAAGGAAGGAGAAGUGAAGAAUGAGUGGAGGAAAAAGAGGAAGGAAAUCGCAGAAGGCAAAAAGAAAGUUUUUGAGAAUAAUGCCAGUCCUAGAUCUAGUUCUAUAUUUUACUCUAAAGUUAAUUGUAAUUCUGUCCCUACAAAACAAACUUCUAGUAGUUCAGUCUUGAGUCCCAAGCUGAAUAUUUCUAAGACAUCUUCUAGACAUCGUUCUAUUCAUAAUACAAGUAUUGCUUAUGGUUAUUCUGUUCCAGACCCCCAU